CUUCAUCGCAUUGGUGUUGCCAUAGAAAAGUACCCGUUAUUUAAUAAGGAAAAAGACGCCUUAAUUCUACCGCUGGAUUUGACGAAAUUCUCGACUCACACACAACUUACAAGCCAAGUGAUACAGCGUUUUGGAAAGAUCGAUAUUCUUGUAAACAAUGGUGGAGUGUCUCAGACAUUUGCGGUUGAAGAAGGUCCAUUGGAAGUCGAGAAAAACCUACUGGAUAUCAAUCUGCUUGGAACGAUUUCGCUGACCAAAGCUGUUCUUCCUCACAUGCUGGAGAGACGAGCAGGACAGAUCGUCGUUGUGAGCAGCGUCUUUGGAAAAUUUGGGUUUCCUCGAUUGGCCGCGUAUAGUGCAAGCAAAUUUGGUCUUCAGGGAUAUUUCAAUACACUUCGUUUUGAGACAGUGAAAAGGAACAUCAAAGUGCUAACGGUCCUGUUUGGUCCUGUCUUGACUGACGUCUUAGGAAACAGACUGACAAACACCGUAAACUUGACGUAUAAAGAGACAGACGAGUACAAGCAAUCCAGGGAUACGUUUGCACAGAUAAAGUUUAUGACAGCUCAACGGAGUGCAAAGCUUAUGGUCGUUACCAUGGCGAAUGAUCUGACCGAAGUUUGGCCAUCCACGCAGCCAUCGCUGAUAUCUAUCUACAUGGCUCAAUACAUGCCUUCUAUUCACCUCAGGGUUUUUGAAAAGAUCCUCGACAAGCUUACCUAAGGCUGCAAGAGUACUAGUCUCGUUCAAAUGCUGAAGCAGAUCUUGAGAUAAAAAACAAAAAAACAACAACAAAGGAAAUGACUUGGCCGGUGAUUACAGCGCUUCUCAAUAACGCGCGCGAAAUCGUACAAUUUAGUGC